UCACCGACAUCUUCCGGCUUCUCCGCUUUGUCGCAUUCCGCCCAAUCAUUCGCUGGCUUCUUUCCUCUCGUCUCCCCUGUAUCCCUCGUCGAGGACGCGAAUUAGAUAAAGAAAGAUUAGUGCGGUGGAGCGGUGAGAUCGGAGUCUCGUUCGUCCGACCGGUACUUCCUCAGUCUGUUCACUUUCGUUCUCUCCAGUGUGCCAAGGAGGAAGGUUUUAUGGCUUUGAUAGAGGGGUCCUUCCUUCUUCUCCUACUUAUUAUUAGCUGGGCAGGUGCUGAUGCCAGAAGCUUGGUGAACUUUGACGUUAUGGUUACAGAAAUAGGCCUUGAGACACCUCAAAAUCAAAGUAAAAUAUCUAAAGCAGUUGAUGGAAAUGAUAAAUUGUGCACAUUAUGCGAGAGCUUUGUUGCACAGGCUGCCCAAUAUAUUGGUGAAAACAAGACUCAAACCGAGAUAAUUGAGAUGCUCCAUCAAGCAUGUUCUAAUGUGGACCCUUUUGAGGAGCAGUGUGUUAUGUUGGUGGACUUUUAUGCAUCACUUUUCUUUGCCGAGAUCUCUAAGAUACAUCCAGAGGUGUUCUGCACAAAGUUCAAUCUUUGCGAGGAGAUGGUUUCUGUUAAUCUACCAAAAAAUGAUGAUUCCUGGUUUUCCUGCUCCCUUUGUCAUGAUGUGGUUGCUAACGUACUUGUUAAACUGAAAGAUCCUGACAUCCAGUUUGAGGUAAUUAAGAUGCUUCUUGAGGGAUGCAAUGGGGUGCAGCAUCAUGUCAAUGAGUGCAAGAAGCUGGUCCUCCAUUAUGGCCCUCUGAUCCUGGAAAAUGGUGAAAAUUUUCUGGAAAUUACAGAUGUUUGUGCUGCCAUCCAUUCAUGCAAGACCAGCCAAGUCGAAUUCAUUGGCACUGCUUCCGCAGAACAAGCUUCCUUGAUUGAAGAAUAAUUGUUCAUAUUAACACAAUUAAUAUGGCUAUAAUGAGUGAAAUGAACUACAAGGAAACACAAUUAAUGAUUGAAGAACUCUAGAACUGAUAAUGGAUAAUGUUAUGUUAGUAGAGUACAUAGGUGUGUUUAUGUAUUCUAGUUUUUGUCUGAUCUAUUGUCAAUGUGAAACCAUGUUUAUGUUCUAGUCUAUGCAGAUAAUACUACUUUUAUCA